AUGUCUGAUAGUCGUGUAUGUUAAGCACACACUCGGUGUAAUUCUGCUAUUGGGUUGUUUUUCCGGUUAUUGGUUACUAACUUGAUCUAUUUCAGCUGUCUAAGCUGUCUAGGCUGUCGAAAUUGCCAUCCAAGGAGUCGAACGGAACCAAUUCCAGGGAACCAGCAUAUCGACACGAGAAUGUCAAAGAGUUUAACAAACAGGUCCGAUCAGACUUGAACUACCAAGGUGCCGAUCCAAGUAAAUUGGCAAGACAACCGAAACCGGAAGGUGAAAAGCCGCGCACAAAGGUCAGUAUUAGAGCUCAAUCGACGUUCUCCUGGCAAAAUGUCGGUGGUUGGGAUCUUGAUGACCACCAGGAUAAGAAAAAGUUGUUGAAAAACGUCAAGGAUGUCGAAGCUUACAUCGUUGACCACUUUUACGGCGAUUGGUUUUGGAACACUUCGUUGAUGUUGGGCACUUGCUUUUUCGCGUGGUUGAUUGCAAGACUAGGCGGAGGCAUUUUGUCACUUGGCCUCGUGUUGUUGUUCACCAACUCGGUUUACCGAGGCGAAUUUAGGAGAUUUAACCGUAACAUUAGAGAUGAUAUGGCAAGAGUUAAAGCUAAUAACAGAUUGGUUAAGGAAUUGGAAACUAUGGAGUGGAUGAACUCAUUCUUGGACAAGUUCUGGGUCAUCUAUAUGCCGGCCCUUUCCGACACCGUCAUGUUUAUUGCAAAUGAUAUUCUUAAAGACCAAGCACCAGGUUUUGGUAUCGAAAAGUUGUCGUUGGAUGAAUUCACCUUGGGUUCCAAGGCACCACGGAUCGACUCGAUCAAGUCGUACACGCAAAAGAGCCACGACAUCAUUGAAAUGGACUGGGCUUUCUCAUUUACCCCCAAUGAUACUGAUGACAUGACCAAAAAUGAGAUUAAGAAAAAAAUUGAUCCCAAAGUUGCCUUGGGAGUUACUGUUGGAAAAGCCUUUAUUACUAAAUCGUUGCCGAUUUUGGUUGAAGACAUGUCGAUAAAGGGAAGAUUGAAAGUCAAGUUGAGACUCACAAAGAAUUUCCCUCACGUUAAAAUGGUUUCUAUCCAGUUUUUAGAAGCUCCUACAAUUGACUAUGCAUUGAAACCAGUGGGUGGUGACACUUUUGGCUUGGACAUUAUGUCUUUUAUCCCGGGUUUGUCCAAAUUUGUGAAUGGUAUCAUUCACUCCACUUUGAGACCCAUGUUGUAUGCACCAAAUUCGUUGGACAUUAAUGUUGAGGAACUCUUGGAAGGCCAGUCAAAUGACUCGAUUGGAGUUGUAGCAGUGACAAUCAAGUCGUGCAAGAAUUUGAAAACCGGACCAACUACAAAGCCCAAAAGUCUCAACCCUUAUGUCCAAAUUAAAGUGUCCAAUAAUGGAACAAUUGACGAAAAGACUAAAACCAAAAAACUCAUCAAUGAUCCAAUUUUCAUGGAAACAAAGUACAUUCUUGUGAAUCAGUUGGAGGGCAAUUUUUUGAAUUUCAACGCCUACAAUUUGAUUGAGGAUAAAAUAGAUGACCAGUUGAUUGGCAACUGUGAAUUUCCCUUGAGUGAAUUGCUUCAAGAAGACAAUAUUCAGGGAAUCACCAAGAAUAUCAUGGAAGGAGGCAAGGUUGUCGGGAAAUUGGAUAUCGACAUCAAGUGGUUCCCCGUUAUGCAACCAAUUGAGUUGGAAGACGGCCAAAAGGAAGUAAUUACUGAUUCAGAAGUUGGCAUUAUGAAAAUCACCUUGCAUGAAGCUAGAAACUUGGACAUUUCCAAGUCGGUCAUUGGAUUGCUCAAUCCAUACGCCGAAAUCUAUGUCAAUAGCGAGCUCGUUAGGUCGUGCCGUAAAUUGAGACAAACGAAUGAACCUUCAUGGGAGCAGUCGUUUGAAAGUUUAAUCACCCAGCAAACGGAAACCGAGAUUCAAAUUUUGAUUAGAGAUACUGUUGAUAAUGCCAUUGUUGCCAAUUUGGAUGUCAACCUUCAAGAUAUUGUCUUUGAAAGUGGACGAGGCCAGCAAUGGUUCACGUGUCCUGUUUUAAGUCCCAAUUCCCCUGCACCUCAAAUCAGUGUUAGUGCCAGCUGGAAAUCAUUGGCAGUUGAUGAAGAGACAAGCGCAAAACUCAUCAAGCCUGCCCCUAUUGGUGGUAUCAGAUUACACUUGAGAGGCGCCAAGGGUUUGAAAAAUUUGGAAAGUGUUGGUUACGUUGAUCCAUAUGUCAGAGUCAUUCUCAAUGGUAAAUUGCGUGCUAAAACGGUUACUUUUGCCGAAACAAUCAAUCCACAGUGGAAUACGGUUUAUUUCUUGCCAGUUGCAAAUCCUCACCUGCACUACUUGUUGCAAAUAAUGGAUGCUGAGCCAGAGGGUAAAGACAGAUCUUUGGGAACCGCUGCCAUCAACAUUUCAGAUUUUUUGAGGAAAAACGACGAAGGUUAUUGGCUCGGUUACGAUGGCAGUGAAGAGAUUAUUGAGCAGCCCGUUUUGUUUGAGUCCGAGCCCGUGGGUUCAUUGUUUUAUUCGGUGUCGUUCUUCCCCUCGAUUCCAGCAUAUUCCUUGUCCGAACUCCACAAUGAAGAGGAAUAUAAAGAGCAGAAGAAGUUGAAGGAAAAGAGGGAGAAGGAACAGCAAGAGAAAGAGGAGAAAUUGUAUAAGGAAAACCCUGGAGAGUACGAAUGGGUUGAAACCGAAGAAGACAAUAUGGCUGCUCCACCCAAGAUUCAUGUCGAAUUGGCCGAUGCCGUCAAGUACAGAGCCGGUGACAUGGCAGUGCACUUGCUCAGCGGUCAUUUUGACCGCAAUGACGUUUAUGUGCAGACCCUAUUUGACGAGCACGCCCAUCCUUCGGGCGUUUCGCCAAUAGUGGAAAACAAGAGGAUAGUGACUCCGUCGCUCGGAGAAACUUUUAUUCGUGAUUUGCCCAAUUCGAAAUUAAUCUUUAGACUUACCAAAAAGGCUGAAGUUGUUUCUGAGAAGGAUGUCAUUUUUGAAAAGAGUUAUGAUACAAUUGCGAUAUACGAACAGUCUUACCUGGAACCCAUCACGCUCAAUCUCGGAGGUCGCAAUAGUAUUGAAGUGCAAUUGGAAUACUUUCCCUCGGUUGCCAAAUUGGCCCCCAUGGAUACUGUGUUGGACGUUGGCAAGUGCAAGUUGGAGAUUAUCGGUGCAGAGGGAUUAAAGUCUGUUGACACCAACGGUAAGUCCGACCCACUUUGUGUUGUGACGAUUGAUGGUAUCGAAAUUUACAGAACAGACAAGAAGCGGAAGACCUUGGACCCACUUUGGAACGAAGCCGUUGAAUUCCCCAUGAUCUCCAGAUCAAGGGAGGUUCUUCUCCUCGAAGUGUACGAUUGGGAUCUUACCCACGAUGACGAGCUCCUCGGUGUAGCCAACCUCGACUUGUCAGCUAUCCCUGCGCUCACCACGACUCCAUUCAAGGUCAAGCUCGACACCCAGGGAACUCUCAACUUGAGAGCCACCUUCUUCCCAGAAUACAUUAGACCACCAUUGGAUCCAAAGGCCAAGAUUCCAAUCAACCUCAAGGAUGUUUCAGAUGCCCCAAUGAAGGCAGUUGGAAACAUUCAAGAGUUGGCCACCGACGCCGUGGGCACUGGUCUUGGAGCAGCUGCCGAUGGUCUCACCAAGGGACAAUCAUUCUUGAAAGGGUUCAAGAGAAAGGGCAAGAAGGACAAGGAUGGUGAGUCACUCGCUCCAAGUGAGACUUCCAACAGCAAGGCCAGCCCCAGCAAGAGCAAAAAAGAGAGCGAGGCAGACGAAGGUGACAAUGGCGGAAAGCAAAACAUUGCCGAAGAGGAAAAUAUCCCCGACGACGAGAGAGAGUUUAGAAAAGCGCAGGAUGCAGAAAUUUCCAGUGUUGUUGCUGCUCCCAACAUUCGUGAGGAGCCUCUUCCAGCGCCACAAAAGCCGGUAUUUGAGAAAUCUCACCACAGAAGCUCUAGUGCUGCCACCGACGCAAGCGGCAUUGACGGAAUUCCAGGAAGACUUACUAUUGUUGAAGGGAAAGGUUUCUCCCCUAGCUCUUUGGAUGUCAAGGUUGUCUUGAAGAGGGGACCAGGUUUAGACGACAAGAGCUUGAUCAAGACCAGAGCUUGCAAAGCCGACAAAACCACGGGACUUUGCAAAUGGAACGAAAGUGUUCCGUUCAGAUCGCCUACAACGGGCCACCUUGUGCUAACUGUGAGAGAACACCACACUUUUGGCAAGAGUGUAACUGUUGGCGAGGGCGUUCUCCACUUGGCAGAAUACAUGAAUGUCAAUGAGAAUAUCGUUGUGCCUGCUGGUGAAGGUGCAAUAGUUGUAAACCUAAAGUACUUUAAUUAG